CUCAGUUUAGAGAAGUUAGCAGACGGGUGCCAGUCUGCUCUGUUAGCCACGAUGGAUGCAAUAGCAUGCCUUCUGCUGGUCCUGCUGUUCUGGACAAGGUUACAUGAUAUUGACGCCCUACAGUGUUACUGUGACCGCUGCAGCGCCAACUCCAGCUGCACCACAGAUGGCGUCUGCUUUGUGGCCAUUAAGAAGUCGGGGAGCCAGCAGAUCUCAGAACAGCGUCAGUGCAUACAUGACAGCGAACUGAUCCCUCGAGACAGACCCUUUGUUUGUGCCCCGAACUCCAGAACGGACACCGGCAUCUUCCCCAUGUGUUGCUCAUCUGACUACUGCAAUAAGGACCCGGAUUUCACAGUCUUUCCAGAAGAAGAAAAGCCCCACUCUUUGGGCCCCGUGGCCCUCGCUGCGGUGAUUGCAUGCCCAGUGUGUGUGAUGUGUCUGCUGCUCAUUCUGGCAUUCUACAUCUGCCACAACCAAAGAGGUCUGGGUGCUGGCGGAGCGGGGGCCCUCCACCACCGUGUGCCCAAUGAGGAGGACCCCUCCAUGGAUCACCCCUUCAUCACUGUUGGAACAACACUCAAAGACCUCAUCUAUGACAUGACCACAUCCGGCUCUGGAUCAGGCCUGCCUCUGCUGGUCCAAAGGACUAUCGCCAGAACCAUCAUCCUGCAGGAGAGCAUCGGGAAGGGACGUUUUGGCGAGGUGUGGAGGGGUAAGUGGCGUGGUGAGGAGGUGGCUGUGAAGAUCUUCUCCUCCAGAGAAGAGCGCUCCUGGUUCCGUGAGGCUGAGAUCUACCAGACCGUCAUGUUGCGCCACGAGAACAUCCUGGGCUUUAUUGCUGCUGAUAACAAAGAUAAUGGAACCUGGACUCAGCUGUGGCUGGUGUCAGACUACCACGAACACGGCUCCCUUUUUGACUACCUGAACCGCUACACGGUCACUGUGGAGGGCAUGAUCAAGCUGUCGCUGUCCACCGCAAGUGGCUUAGCUCACCUUCACAUGGAGAUCGUAGGGACACAAGGAAAGCCAGCUAUUGCUCACAGAGACCUAAAGUCCAAGAACAUCCUGGUGAAGAAGAACGGGACCUGCUGCAUCGCUGACCUGGGUCUGGCUGUUCGACAUGAUUCUGCCACCGACACCAUCGAUAUCGCUCCAAACCAUAGAGUGGGAACCAAAAGGUACAUGGCUCCAGAAGUGCUGGAUGACUCCAUCAACAUGAAGCACUUUGAAUCGUUCAAACGGGCCGAUAUCUACGCCAUGGGCCUGGUGUUCUGGGAGAUUGCCAGCCGCUGCUCUGUGGGAGGCAUUCAUGAGGACUACCAGCUGCCCUACUAUGACCUGGUCCAGUCAGAUCCAUCAGUAGAGGAAAUGAAAAAGGUGGUCUGUGAGCAGAAACUUCGACCAAAUAUUCCCAACCGCUGGCAAAGUUGUGAGGCUCUGCGGGUCAUGGCUAAGAUUAUGAGGGAGUGUUGGUACGCCAACGGUGCUGCCCGGCUCACCGCGCUCCGAAUCAAGAAGACUCUGUCUCAGCUUAGCCAGCAGGAGGGAAUCAAGAUGUAGACCCAGCUCCCAAACACACACACUCACACACACAUCUCUGACUGGGAUCUAUACCAUUAGCAUUACACCAUCUGUGUCCUGACGAGCCCCCAGCCUGUCCUGAAGGGAAGCUGAGGAUAUUUUGUGUCUCAUUCACCGCUUGAGGAAGCUGGUCUCCUGCUGGACAGCUGGACUGAUGUCUAGUGGAGACAUCUAAUGGAGGAAGUCUGUGCCUGUUGGGAUGGUAGUGAUGUGUAACGAAGCCUCCUAUCACUGAUGUUUCAUUAGAGCAUUCUCUUCAAUCAUCACCAUAAACCGUUCUGUAAACAAUCCAAACCUUUCCCCUCAGUAGGGCUGCAGCUCUUGAGACGUUAUGGAAAGAACUUGUGAUUUUCUAAGUAGCAUUGAAUGUGCUUUUUAUCGGGACACUGACCUUGUGUCAUAUCGUUGCUGUAGCAACUCCCAGGAAGCCUAGAUCGUCAUCAGCUUGUAAGGGAUGUGACAGCUGCUCCACAAACUACUCUGUGUGGCCACUGAGAUGCGUUACAGGACAGGAAAUGUUGCAUUAUUUUACUCAAUGAGCCAGUCAGCAUCAGUGUCCAAACUGGCAGAGUUCCUCAGGAUGCCUGGGUCAUGCCAUGCCAUAAUGCAUCAUGGCAUGGCAUGCAUUAUGGGUCAUCAUCUGUAGAAACAGAUGAUGACCCAUAAUGCAUGCCAUGCCAUGAUGCUUCCCAUGCAUCAUGGGAAGAACGGAAGGACAAGCAGCUGUUUGGGUCAGAUUGAUUACACAUGUUCCAGUCAAAGAGCCAGACACUGAAAAUAUCCAAUUAACUCUGAUUAAACUGAUUUAUUUAUUGUGGAUAAAUAAUAAUGAACUAUUAUUAUUUACUGCAAACAAUAUCCUGCAACAUCCUAAGUGCAGCAUGUUGGCUGCACUUGGAAGCCAACGUCCUGAGCUUUGAUACACGUCCUUUCAUUUGAAUGAAGAGUAAACAAAGCAUAGAUGUUAGGGGUGUGUUUGAUACUAUAAUCUCUUUUUGUGUUAGAUGCAAACAUCAGAGAGCCUGUGAAUGAGAAGAGACCUCUGACCUGCAGGACAUUCUCACUGCAGCUUUAAUUCAUAAACUACCAUCUGACACGUUAAAGCAAAUAUAUGUACAGGAACUGAUUUUACUUCAAUCAGAAAAGCAACAAUUAUUACUGUUGCUAAAAUGAUCUGAAAUGGUUAGAAAACGGAUAUUUGUUAGUUAUUCAUCCUACUAGAACAUAAACAUCUGCUGAGCUUAACUAGAUUUCAGAUGGCCAGAAUAUGAUUGUUUUGCUACUCAGCUCUUCACCAAGCAGGUGUUACUGGGUUAACUACCCAUCCUGACCCCAGUGGUCCACACUGAGCUGGUAGCUGUGGGCUCUCUGACUCUCUCGGGUUGAUGAAUACUUUCUCUAUUUAUUCUAACAGAUUUGAAUAGGGGUGAUGUUUGCAGCCCUACUGUACAGUUUUCCUACCUUGGAUGUAAAUCUAGGGGUCGCAUCAGGGGCCCCACGGUCAGGUUGUGAUGCGAAAGCUUUUUAUCAUGUCGUCACUCAGUUAUACAGGUGAAUUUAAUUUAUUGUUUCUGCUUUUGGAUUUUCUUUCUGGUGGUAGGGGACUUCUUGUGCUAAACUGAACCGGACAUGGUGACCUCAUUCAUCUUUGGUGAACAUGCUGCAACAUAUGCAAUAUACAGUAGAUAAAUGUGUCUAUUUUCUAUACUCUGCUCUGCUACAACAUAAACAGCAAGACCAACAACAAUCAGCUGCCACCAUGCCUUCCAAGCCAGCCGGAACCAGAAAGUGCCAGUGCUUUAAAACUCAACUCCUCUCAUGUCGGCUGCUGUGGCAUGCUUGUUCUCUGUGUGCGUGUGUGUGUGUGUGUGUGUGUGUGUGUGUGUGUGUGUGUGUGUGUGUGUGUGUGUGUGUGUGUGUGUGUGUGUGUGUGUGUGUGUGUGUGUGCUUGUUGGAUAUACAGUGAGCUUCUACUAUGCACACCCAGAUGUAGGGACGGGUAGCAAAAAGAAACACAUACAGCACACCUGGCAGUGUCCACACCCGGCCCGCCGACGCUCUGGUGCCAUUUUAUUAGAGACAGCUCCCCACCCCAUCACCUCGGCAACCGCUCAUCACCCAGCUCCUCCUCUGCUCUGCAGCACCUCCAGCUGGCUGCACUUAGAAAAAAUAACAGUCACACAUUGUCAGUGGCGCUCAGAGACUUGGAAGCAUUAUCGAUGUUUCCCUAUAAAUGGAUUCUGUUCACAGCUUUGUUUCUUCAACCUGGAGAAAAUUUUCAACAGGAAAGCAGUGAGGUAGAUUCAGUCAAAGCAACCUGAUAUUUACUAAGCCAUAGGUUUUCCAAGUGUUUAUUGUUUUCAUCUUGUUUUGUUGCAUGGUGUUUUUCUACCAGAAUGUACAUUUAUGAUUCAUAGGAAACAACCUUGUUACUUCAGCUGAUCAAGCCUUAAGGGACCAACGCAAAAGAGUCACUUUCUGCUCUUAGAAUCUUUUUUUGUUGUUGUUUUUCUGAAAAAGAAAAAAAUAAAUAUAUCUACAUAUAUCUAUCUAUAUAUAAUUGAUUACUAUGAUAAAGGUAGUGUUGUAUGUGAAAGACAGAAGAUGUAUAUGUAGCACCUGAUUUAAGAGUUUGUCUGCCUGUUCCCACGCUGCCAUCCAGAUGAACUGAUCCUGGCUUUAACACGGCUCCAAAGCAAGUCUCCAAUCAGAAACAGGAAGUCAUCGAUAUUCAACUAGUUCUUCGUGCCAGAUUGUAAUUUUCAUAACCAAACCAGUCUCUUGAUUGUUGUUAUCAAUAAGUGCACUUCAGGCCCACUCCAGGUGCAGUCAACCUGUAUGGCAGUGUGGGUCUCCAUCAGUCUAUUUCUUUCUGCAUUACUGUUUUUUGAUUCAUAAUGUAUUAAUGUGCUGCUAUCUGCCUCUAUGAGUGGACUUUGUGCUCUGGUUCCAUGUGAAUGUCCUCGUUUUGCCUGAUUGGAUCAUUUUUGUGACAUGUUGCUCAACCUACUUGCUCAGCUGGUCAUCAUCGUCUCAGCAUUAACUGUACACACACACACACACACUCACUGAUGAGUCCUUUGGUUGGUGGCCCAACCUGCAGAACAACCUGCUUUCUAAGUCCUUGUAGCAAGUGAUUUUAAGAGAUCAUUGCAGAUGUUUGUUGAAAUAGAUACAACAGCACCUCUAGAGGAUGUAACAUGUAACUUGUUCAAUUAGGAACACUGUAGAAAGCCUGAUUUCUGCUGCUCUUUUUAUUACUCAUCAGCCGUGGUUCCAUCAUCUAUAUUAAUUAUGGAAGACAAGACAAAGAUUGUUUUUUUUCCCACCAAAUUGGUGUUGGCAACACUUUCUCUCAUCCUGCCCUGUUCUGUUCUGAACCAACCUCUGCGGCGUAUCAGAACAACCCCCCCACCCACACACACACACACACACACACACACACACACACACACACACACACUCAUUUGAGUCAUCUGUCAGCAUAUGACUCUUAAUCACAUAGAAAACUGUCAGGAGCAGAUAUGGCAUAUUCAGUUUUUAGAAGUAUCUUGUGGACUAAACAAAGAAUAAAAUAACGUAUUAGAAACGGUCAAAUGGAGGUCAUACAGCCGGAGUCAAAGUGUACUGAUAGAGGGUGUCACAUCUACAGAAGUUGAAGUACUUUUCCCAAAUACUCGAUGAAGUCCAAGCAUUUAUCUUUAGUUUAUGUGGGUUCAGAGGUCAAAAAUUGGAAUUAAAGACGAUGUCAGAGUAUCCCUUUAAGAAGCCAUGGUGUCCCCUGCUCUUAAUCUGUGGCAAUUGAGGCUUUACUUCAUAUUUAUUCAAUUUGUAAAGUCAUUCUCUGGGAGAUUAGCAACAACAACAAGCUCAACUCAACUGCACCUCUGGUAUACCUCUACUACAACAUUCAUUUUGUCUUAAAGUCACCAGCAGCCUUGUAACUUUUUCCCCCAAAACUCAAGAUAACUUAAAUGUAAAGAGAGAAAAAGAGAAAUGUUUUGCUUUCUAGAGGAAUCUCUCUGUCGUGUAUUCCUUAUUGCCUUUCUAUCUUGUCAUUCCAUGUUCUUCAACUGACUUUUAACAUUUGCCAGCUGCCAAAAGGCCCCGCCUCACUGCAGCCCUGCCUUCAGGCUUUUCUUUCCUAAAAUAAUGUCAUGGGAAGUAUUUGUAAGUAGUUGGUGUCUAACCUUUCCACACAACUCUUCUUAAUUGCCCUUUUAAAGUUUAGAUUACCUCAAAACUGAAUUGGUGUGCUUGUCAGGGUAUAGAAAAAGGAUUCUUUCCAGAGGAGCUGGAGCUGUGAUUGUGUUUUCUUCACAGCUUACAUCCAGUACUUGGGUUGGAUGACCAAUCCAAGUACUGUAUGGAUUGACCUUUGCAUCAGAUUGCUGGAAACAGUUGGCAUGUCUGCAGUUGCUGACUGAUGUUACUGAUGCUACCUCUGUUUUGAUGUCAACUUUAAGCCUUUGGUCCCAGAGUGUGCUCACUGGAGACCCAGUGUCUGGACAGGAUGAAGACCCACAGCAUUACUGGGAUGUUUCCUCCCUUAAAUUAGUUCAUGCCGUAGCCUUAUUUUCUAGAAACCCAGUCAGCUUUUCUUUGUAGCUCAGAAUAAAUGGUUAAUAAGUACCCAGUUUACCUGUAUGACCAGUACUCUGUUUCUCUCUGCAUUACAAAUGCAGCAGAUAAUUUACUAUUUGAAAAUGUUUUUUUCUUUGUGGUUUUUCUGUCAAGCAGAUGCUUAAUUAGAUUCAGAUUGUUGAAAAUAUAGCCACACAGUAUUUGAACAUUUAGGUAAUUAGUGUAGAAAAGAAAAACUUUUCACUGGAUAAAAGUCAUCCAGUACACUUCUCGGUUUGUGUGAAAAAGGCAACAGCAGGCGAUACUGGGAUGACCAGAAGCAGUGGGCUAAAUCGGCAGCAAUAUGAGAAAGUAAAGCACCUGUCACCACAAAUAUCUGGAAAAUCUUUAUCUGACCCGUUUAGUUAUUUAAAUGCCAUAAAGCAGAUGCAGUCAGAUCAACAAAUCAAACAUUCAGGCCACAGAAAGCGUUCUCCCUUCCCGUUCUGGACUGACGGAGGCUUGAACAUGAAUUAGCUUCAAACCACGCACUGACAACUUCUCACAAUCAAGAAUGUAUCAGCCCACUCAGUCAACAAGCACAACUUGCAAAUCUCAGCCCAAAGACAGUGGCAUUCGCAACAGUCUGCCGCACAGGUCUUUUUGUAUGCAACCUCUGGGCGAGUCGGGUCCCUCCAGAUCACACAGAUUGUACAGCCUACCUAUGCUAACACUGUUGACACACUGUGACUCAGGCCAAGUCAGGGCCAGCGAUCGUUUCAUUCUGUCCUUGUGGUUGCUAUCAGAGAGCCAAGGGUCGCUAGGUGGGGCUGCAGUUAGGCUGACGUGAUGCCAGGAGUAGCUGAAAGCUUUAUCACGUUUUAUUUGGUGCCUAAGUUUGAUGAGUGUUUUUCUUUUCACCUGGAAAGACAGGAUUGCAUGUAAUUGUCUGAGAUUGCAUUGACAGCUUUAUAACUGGCAUUAAAAAGCUGACAAAUAUUGUGAAACGCAUACAGCAAUUAGCAUAUUGAAAAAAUCAAUUAAUAAAAAAGAAUAUACCUCUGAUUGAAGACCAAUGUGUUUUACCUCACUGUAUAUAUGCUUGAUUUGUUUACUCCAAGUUUGCAACUACUCUCUUUUUGUUUCUAUAAAAUGCUUAAAAAACAUUUUUUAAUGGUACUUUCUGUCAGAUGGCAUUGUUUUGUGUCUGUGUUGUGCCCCAGCAGUAUACUCUUCCUCCUUUCCCACUGCUCUGUAUAUAACCUGUUGUGUUCUGCGUGAGCUGUACAGUCAAAGUGCUUUGCAAAUGUCUAAACCCCUGUCUGAGCUCUAGGUACAGUAGCCAGAUUUCCUGUGUUGUUGUUGUUUUUUUAACCAAGAAAAAAAAAUAAAUAAAAAGCAGGAGAGAGUUGGAGUGGAAGAGGCUAGAGGUGAUGGGAUGGACUGAUGAAUCAGAAACCUCUCAAACUGUCAAAACCUCCUCACCUUCAAACUGUUGGAUUUUUAAGCGUAUUAUCUAGUACUUUUUUUUCUAAUAGCGUGUACAUCUGUGUGAGAGAUCAACAUAGGAACGGGAGGGUUGAUAAUUAUGUUUACUUCUAACAUAGCUGGAGUAGAAAAUGAUGUGAAUAAAGAAAGUUUCAUUAGA